AAUAGGAUUUUUAAAAUUAAAUGUUACCUAUAGUAAUAGUUAGAUAUUUAAAUUUUGAAAUUUUGAAAUUUUGAAUAUCUCAUUAUCUCGUAGUCGUAAUAAAGUCUAAAGAAUUAAAAUAUCAAAAAUUGUUCUGUGUAAAUGUGAUUAAGUUGUAGUUUUAGUUAAAAAUCAAGUGAUAUCCAAUGAAUGGGAAAAAUGACUAAUAUAUUAGUUGUUUGAUUUUUAUUCGAAUUUCGUAUUGAAAAGUAAUAUUUCUACGUUUAUUAACGAUAUUGACACCGGUGGAUAGUAAGUAUGAAUGAAUUGGAUUACGAGAAGAGUAAAAACUAUUGGUCCAAUGUCCCUGCUUCGGUGAAUGGCAUGCUUGGUGGAUUCUCCAGUUUGACAAAUAAGGAUAUUAAAGAUUCUGACCUCUUCCUCAGAAAAUUGUUCCAAAUGAAAGACGGUCCGUCCAAUGGUCGAGCAUUAGACUGUGGUGCUGGCAUCGGCAGGAUAACUGAAAACCUUUUGUGCAAACACUUUAAAUGUGUUGAUAUACUAGAACAGGACGAAAAGUUUUUGGAGAAAGCCAAACUGAAAUGUCGAGGGGCUAAUGUAGAAAACUUUUAUUGUUCUGGAUUACAAGAAUUCACGCCUACUGAUGAUCAAAAGUACGAUGUUAUAUGGAUCCAGUGGGUUCUCGGUUACAUUACCGAUGAUGAUUUGGUUGAUUUCUUGAAAAAGUGUAGUAAAUUGUUAAAUUCAAAUGGCAUUAUAGUUGUUAAAGAAAACAUUUCUCAAGAUGAUAAAGGAGAAAUAGAUUCAGAAGACAGCUCAAUAACGAGGAGCUUCAUACAGUUUUGCAUUGUAUUUCAGCGGGCAAAUUUAAUAUGUAAAGCAAGCAGAACACAAAAAAAUUUUCCAUCAGAGCUAUACAAAGUUGAAAUGUUUGCGCUACAACCAGCUGAUGAAAAAUCAAUUUCCUGAUAAAUAUAUAUUAUACAUUUAUACAUGUACAAGUAUAAUACUCGCAUAAUAUAUAAUUCAAUAUCCUUUCAGUCUUUUCACUGGUUAUUAUUAAUUAAACUUGUGUGUGUGGACAGAACAGAGUAUUUGCAUAUAUUUUUAAUUUUUUACUAAUCAUUUAUUCAGAUCACUAGUGAUAUGAUUCUAAUCAUCCAUUCAUCUAGUCAUGUAAUAUUUUUAUUGGCAAGUGCCGAAGUAUAUUUUCAUGUUUAUGGAUUCAGGGGUUCUAUUGUUUUGUGUUGGUACUUGACAAAUUUGUGCAUCACAUUAAAAAAGGUUAUAUACCACUUAUAUCUAUAUUUGUGUAAAUUUGUGUAUUGACUUUUGUGCAAAAAUUAAAUACAAUUAUUUGUCAACUCAACCUCA